GAGGGUGUGGGUGACUUGAGUUCCAGGAGAGCUUUGAAUAUCAGAGCGAGGGGAAAUAAAAGGAAUAAGCACCGUGAGCCCCUCAGUCCUACGGCAAGCAAAGAGAGGACACAGGAAUAACCAUGCCUGCGCCAGUCCCUGCAGCUAAACCAGGGGGGGAGGAUGCACCCCCAGCAGACGGAGAGCCCAGGUCAACUGAGCUCACUGGGCUCUUCGUUGAGAAGCCUCCAGAAAGUGUGGUUGCUGUUACAGGGGCCGAUAUCACAUUUAUUGCCAAGGUUGACUCAACCACCCUAGCAAGAAAACCCACCAUGAAGUGGCUGAAGGGCAAGUGGAUGGACCUGGGCAGCAAAGCUGGAAAACACAUGCAGUUUAAGGAAACAUAUGACAGGAAUACUAAGAUCUACACUUACGAAAUGAAGAUCAUCAAAGUGGUGGCUGGAGAUGCUGGGGGCUACAGGUGUGAAGUGACUGCUAAAGACAAGUGUGACAGCUGUACCUUUGAGAUCACUGUUGAGGCUGCACAGCAGGAGGGGCAGGCGGAUAUUUUGUCUGCCUUCAAGAGAGCGGAUGCAGGAGAGGAUGAGGGAGAUCUGGAUUUCAGCGCCCUCCUUAAAGCCACCAAGAAGAAGAAACCAGUAAAAGAGGAACCAGAAAUUGACGUUUGGGAGCUGCUAAAGAAUGCCCAUCCCAGCGAGUAUGAAAAAAUUGCUUUCCAGUAUGGCAUCACUGACCUGAGAGGCAUGCUGAAACGUCUGAAGAAGAUGAAGGUAGAGCCCAAGCACAGCGAGGCUUUCCUGAAGAAACUUGAAUCUUGCUACUCAGUGGAGAAGGGGAAGAAGAUUGUCCUGCGAUGUGAGGUGGUCGAUCCCGACGUCCAGGUCAAAUGGUUGAAGAACGGCCAGGAGAUCAAACCCUCAGCCAAGUAUGUCAUGGAGGCCAACGGAAAUGUCAGAACGCUCACCAUCAACAAGACGUCCCUGGCUGACGACGCUGCGUAUGAGUGUGUGGUUGGCGAGGACAAGUGUUUCACAGAGGUGUUUGUCAAAGAACCGCCUGUGACCAUCACCAAGCUGAUGGAUGACUAUCAUGUGGUGGUCGGAGAGAGAGUGGAGUUUGAGAUCGAGGUGUCGGAGGAGGGCGCCCACGUCAUGUGGUAUUUUGAGGACAUAGAGCUUCACAAAGACAAAGAUUCAAAGUUUCGUUUCAAGAAGGAUGGAAGGAAGCAUACAUUGAUCAUCCCAGAGGCCACGCUGGAUGACAUUGGCAUGUACCAUGCCUGGACAAACGGAGGGCAUACCAAGGGAGAGCUGGAAGUGGAAGAGAAACAGCUAGAGGUGCUGCAGGACAUUGCUGACCUGACCGUCAGAGCCGCAGAUCAGGCCAUGUUCAAGUGUGAGGUGUCUGAUGACAAGGUGACAGGAAAGUGGUACAAAGAUGGCGUGGAGGUGUUGCCGAGCGAUCGCAUCAAAAUGACUCACAUCGGAAGGUUUCACCGGCUGACUAUCGAUAAUGUAAAGCCGGAGGAUGCAGGAGACUACACGUUUAUCCCUGACGGAUACGCUCUCUCACUUUCUGCCAAACUCAACUUCUUGGAAAUCAAGAUUGACUAUGUGCCAAGACAAGAUCCUCCCAAGAUCCACCUGGACACAACUGGAAACAUGGUGUCACAGAACACCAUCAUUGUUGUGGCUGGCAACAAGCUGCGUCUGGAUGUAGAGAUCACAGGAGAGCCCGCACCCACUGUGGUGUGGUCAAGGGGAGAGAAACCGAUUACAGAGACUGAGGGCCGUGUGAGGGUGGAGUCCAGGAAAGACCUGAGCUGCUUCGUCAUUGAGGGGGCAGAGAGGGACGAUGAGGGCAACUACACCAUCUGUGUCACCAACCCUGUAGGAGAGGACAAGGCUGUGCUGUUUGUGAAGAUUGUUGAUGUCCCUGAUGCUCCUGAGAACGUUAAAUGCACAUCAGUGGGAGAGGACUGCGCCACCAUCAUCUGGGACGCUCCUAAGUUCGAUGGCGGUGCUCCUCUUAAAGGUUACCUCAUGGAGAGGAAGAAGAAAGGAUCCUCCAGAUGGACAAAGCUCAACUUUGAUGUCUACAACUCAACCACAUAUGAGGCUAAGAGGAUGAUUGAAGGCAUUCUGUACGAGAUGAGGGUCUUUGCAAUCAACAGCAUCGGCAUGGGUCCACCCAGCCUCACCUCCAAGCCCUUCAUGCCCAUUGCCCCUACGAGUGAGCCAACACGUUUGACGGUGCACGAUGUGACAGACAGCACAUGCAGCCUGAAGUGGCUCGCUCCAGAGAAGAUAGGAGCUGGAGGCCUGGACGGCUACGUUAUUGAAUACUGCAAGGAGGGAGGCACUGAGUGGGUGGCAGCGAACCAGGAGCUGUGUGAGAGGCAAGGAUUUGUGGUGCGCGGCCUCCCUGUGGGAGAGAAGAUCAACUUUAGGGUGGUGGCUGUAAACAUCGCUGGACGCAGUCCUCCUGCACUGAUGUCUCAGCCUGUCACCAUCCGGGAGAUCAUGGAACAUCCAAAGAUCCGCCUUCCUCGUGAGCUGAGAACAAAGUACAUCAGGAAAGUCGGAGAGAAGAUUAACCUGGUCAUCCCAUUCCAGGGUAAGCCCCGCCCUGUUGCUACCUGGUACAAGGACGGUCAACCGAUUGACCCCAAGAUGGUCAAUGUCCGUAACUCAAAUGUGGACAGCAUCCUGUUCAUCCGCGCUGCGGAGAGAGAGCACUCAGGAACGUACGAGCUGGUGCUGCAGAUUGAGAACAUGGAGGACAGAGCCACCAUCAACAUCAGGGUCAUUGAGAAGCCUGGACCUCCCCUGAAUGUGAGAGUGACAGACGUGUGGGGUUUCAACGCAGCUCUGGAGUGGGAACCCCCUAGGGAUGAUGGAAACUCUGAAAUCACCGGAUACACAAUCCAGAAGGCAGACAUGAAGACUAAGGAAUGGUACACUAUCUACGAGCACAACAGACGAGCAAACUGCACAGCGUCAGAUCUGAUCAUAGGCAAUGAGUACAUGUUCCGCGUCUACAGCCAGAACCUCUGCGGCCUGAGCGAGGAGCCGAAGCAAAGCAAGAACACAGCAAAAAUCGCCAAGACAGGCCUGGAGAUCAAACGAAACCCCUACAAGGAGACAGAAAUUACCUGUAUGCCCAAGUUUACUCAGCCCCUGGUUGACAGAUCCGUAGUGGCUGGUUACAGCACUGCCAUCAGCUGCGCCGUCAAGGGCUUCCCCAGGCCAAAGAUUAUCUGGAUGAAGAACAGGAUGAUCAUCGGUGAGGAUCCUAAAUACUUGAUGCAGAACAAUCAAGGUGUGCUCACCCUGAACAUUCGGAAGCCGAGCACCUUCGACGGCGGCAAAUAUUCCUGCAUGGCCGUCAACGAGCUGGGCCAGGAUGAGGUGGAGUGCCAGUUGAGUGUGAGAGUUGCUGCUGAGCCUGAGAAUAAGUGAGAAACCGAACAGCAAAGAAUGUGAAAUGAACCAAACAGUGAAUGUCAGACUGUGAUGCACACACUGUAAUGAGUGAAUCCAAUAAAAGUUACUCUUGCUUGCUAAA